AUGGUGGCACUCCGUGUGCGUCGUGCGUGUCAGCUAUGCUGGCAUUCCGCGCGCGUCACAGGCGCCAGCUAUGCUUGCAUUCCGCGAGCUGGACUUGCGCCAGCUACGCUGCCAUUCCGCGCGCGGCGCUUGCGCGCUCUAGGCUGGCAUUCCGCGCGCGCUAGCAUAGCGGCAGAGCUGCGCGCGCCAGCAAAACGCGCGCAGCAAAGCGGCACGCUCCUGCAUAGCGCGCGCGCCAGCACAGCGAGCGCAUCCACCAGUAACGCGCUGCUCGCCUCACGGAUUUCUCCAAUACACGAAAUUCGUAAGGCCUCCACACGCUUGAACUCAUUCCCCCCCUGCAUCCCCACCUUUCCCCCCCUGCAUCCCCACCUUUCCCCCCCUGCAUCCCCACCUUUCCCCCCCUGCAUCCCCACCUUCCCCCCCCUGCAUCCCCACCGUUCCCCCCCUGCAUCACCACCUUUCCCCCCCUGCAUCCCCACCUUUCCCCCCCUGCAUCCCCACCUUUCCCCCCCUGCAUCCCCACCUUCCCCCCCCCCCCCCCCCACUUUUCCCCCCCUGCAUCCCCACCUUUCCCCCCCUGCAUCCCCACCUUUCCCCCCCUGCAUCCCCACCUUUCCCCCCCUUGCUUUCUCUCCUUUCCCCUCCUUGCUUCCCCUCCUUCCCCCCGUUUCCCCCACUGCUUCCCCUCCUUUCCCCAACUUCUCUGCCUCGCCUUUCCCCCCCGUGCUUCCCCUGCUUUCCCCUGCUGAAUCCCCUCCUUUCCUCCCCUCCUUCCCCCGGUUUCCCCCACUUCUUCCCCUCCUUUCCCCCACUGCUUCCCCUCCUUUCCCCCCCUUUGCUUCCUCUCCUUCCCCCCCUUGCUUCCCCUCCUUUCCGCGACUGCAUCCCCUCCUUUCGCUCCCUUCCCUUGCUUACCCUCCCGCCCUCCUCUCAGCAUCCCUUCUCUCCCCAUCCCUCCUUGCCACCAUCCCCUCAGGGACUCGCCGGUUAGAGGGCGACGGGGAUCACAACAAGCAACGCAAAUACAGAACCUCACUUGGUGCCGCUGCCUCUUCAACUCCCCCACUAUCAUCUCUUUCCCAUCGAUAUAGGAACAACAGAACAACGCACCCUCUCCUUUAUUACUCGGAGAUUAUUCCUACCCGUAGACGUUGUAGCAAUCUCUCCCCGCCGGCUGUCUGUGGAAUAUGGAUGGGGCAUCGCUGGAUUCGGAGAGCGUCACCCCACGCCGUCAACGGCUCGUACGCCCUCCUGUCCCCGUCUUGUUUGGUGGGUGAGCAGCGGGCGGAGUGGGGGCCUGUGGGCGAGGAGAUGGCGGGCGCAUACCGAGCAGCACGUUUGCUCGGCACAUGGAAGCGUGGAACCACACGCAACACGAAGCGUUGCCUUGGUGCUGCAACGGACCAGCCUUCACGUAACCAGUAG